CGUCUGCGCAGACGCUUGGCGCCGAGGCCUGGCGGAAGCCAAGAUGGCGCGGAAGAGGUCUCCGGGCCGCGCUUGGCGCCCCAUCCGUGUCUGAGCCGAGUUCUUUGGGAGGGACUGUGGCUGGCGCCCUGUGUGCCGCGAUGGCGCGGCAUCGGAACGUCCGAGGCUAUAACUACGACGAAGAUUUUGAAGAAGAUGAUUUAUAUGGCCAGUCUGUGGAGGAUGACUAUUGUAUUUCACCGUCAACAGCUGCUCAGUUUAUUUACUCACGACGUGAUAACCCUGUAGAAGAAUAUGGCUAUGAAGAUCUGAAAGAAUCUUCUAAUUCUCUUCUGAAUCACCAGUUAAGUGAAAUUGACCAAGCUCGACUUUAUUCAUGCCUUGAUCACAUGAGAGAGGUCCUGGGAGAUGCUGUGCCCGAUGACAUACUGACGGAAGCAGUUCUGAGAAACAAGUUUGAUGUCCAGAAGGCUCUGUCAGUGGUUCUGGAACAAGACAAUGUGCAGAAUUUGAAGGGGAAGAGCGAAAGAGUGGUGUCUGCAGGAAAGGCAUCAAAAGGAGUCUUAUUUUCUUCUUCUGAAAUUUCAGCCGAAAAUGUUCAAAAUUUUUAUCCUCAAUCAGAAAAUCAUUUGGAUAGCAGUAGCAAAUCUGCUGAUUAUUCUAGCUCAGUAGCAAAAUGUGGAUCAUAUAAUCCUUCACUGGUGCCAAGUCCCCAUUUACUUCAUAGGAAACAGAAACUUGACAGAUCCCAAAGUGAAAAGGAACUAGAAUCAUGUAAGUUAACAAAGGAGCUGUCCCUAGCUCACCUGACUGAUGAUGUGCCAAGAGAUCCUUGUGCACGCCAGCCCUCAGCCGCACUGUCCCCCACAGGCAGUCUGCGGAGUCGGCUUUCUCAGACUCCAGCAUCUGAGUGCGCGCCGGAAGAGGAUUUUGCUUUCAAAGGAAUACCAGACUUAAAGUCCUUAAUGAGAGAGAGCAUAGCAGCCAGUGGUUCUUUGGGGGUUCCAGUACAGAAGAACAUCUUGGGAAUUUUAAAUAACCCAUUGCACUUACCUAGCUCAUUGGAAAAUAAUUGUAAUCCCAGUAUAAACAGUGACGGAAAAAGUGCCAAGAAUAACAUUGUAAAGAAUAAGAGUUUACCAUUUUCCCAGUGUGAAAGUCCAUCCCUAGCUGAGCUGUGUGAGGAGCACAGAGAAAACAGUCAGAGCCAGUGCUUUACUUUGUCCGAUCUGUGUAACCAGUCAGCUGUUAGCCUGGGUUCCCUUUCCCUGUCAGAACUGGCAAAUCGCUCUUACUCUUCUCACGCGAUAUCGGAGUUAACAGGAUCUCUGUCCUCUUUGGCAUUUUCUGAAGCUUCUCCCACGAGAGACCUGGAGAAUUUGUCCCUUUCUGAUUUGAUUGCAAAAACAAUUGAACUAGACAACUCUCAGAUUAAGAGCGAUUCCUUUGAGCUCAGUUUAUCUGAGUUGAGGAAUCCUGGAAUUGAUUCAAAUAUUGAUCUCAGUGUCCUGAUAAAAACUCCAGAGUUUGUUCCAAAGCCUGUAGUUGACCCAUCAGUUGCUUCAGCAUCAGACACUAAAGUUCUAACCUCAAAGUUAGGGAAAAAUUCCAACUCUACUAAGGAUAGUAAGAAAAACAAAAAGGGCUCCCUCUCUAGGAAAGCACCUUUGUCUCUGGCAUGGACCAAGGCUCUUGCUGCUAGGCCUUCAGCUUUUGCUUCAACGCUGUGUCUUCGUUACCCGCUGAAAAGCUGCAAGAGGCGCAAUCUUGACCUCUACAAGACUUUCCUCUAUAGCAGACAAGUUCAAGAUGUGUCGGACAAAGAAAUGAGUCCUCUUGUAGCAAUAACACCAUUUGACUUCAAAUCAGCAUCCCCGGAUGACAUUGUAAAAGCUAAUCAGAAGAAAGCUUUUACUAGAGAAUAGUAAUGAGAGGAAAACUCCGUUACUCUUGCAGGCUUUUUAUUUUAAUGUUAUGUCUUUGUAGGUUCAUUUUAUAUUAUGGGAUUCAAAUUGUGAUUUUUAUUAAAAUUGUCUUAAGUCCAUUAUAACCACCUAAAUUAGUAAGGGUUUUUGCACUGAAAAAUAAUUUUUUAUGGUGUCUUCUUGGAGUAAUGACUGGUUUCAUUGGAGUUGCUAGCUCAUUAGAGUGUAUGUUUACAGUGUGCAUAAGGAAACAUGAUAUUGUGAAGUGAAUCUGAUAUUUCAUUUGAAAACCAACUUUCUUAAGUUUUAUGAGGAGAUAUUUCCUUCUAUGAAAUAUUUUUUGUGCUUUUUUUUCCUUAAAUGAAUGUGCAACUUCUUGCGAUUAUCAUAGUAUGAAAAUUGUUCUUAGAAUAUAUAAUGUAGCUGAGAUAUGCUUAUAUUUUCAAGUAUUAUUGACAUCAUUCCUAGUUUUAUUAUCUUGUUUAGGUGACUACUAAAACUUUCCUAUUAGAAACUUUUGAAAUUCCUGAUUUUAGAAAGUACUAUGAGAUACAGUUGAGGUGCAUUUUUGAUGAUAAAAUGAAAAUCUUUUAAGGGACCAUGGAGCUGGAUUAAUAAAUAAUUUAUUUUUAUACGUUAUAUUUUUUAUAGACUUUUAAGGCAUCCUCUUUAAAAUAAACAUAUAGAAAGUGUUUGGAAGUAUGUUUGCAUGUUAUUUAAGUCAUUUUCCAGAUCUCUUUGUCAAUUUAUGAUAUACGUUAAAUGGUGAGAUAUGAACCCUUCCUGUUUGCGACCGAUGACUGUGUGAUCCCAUGAGAGUGCUUAUAGUCAGUAGAGUAAGGGUAAGUCUUCUGCAGUGCUGUUCCUCAGCUAGGAUUGGAAUCACCUGGAUGAAAUUUUCUAAACAUAGCCACUGUCGCUACUUCCAGAUGGCUGAGUCGGUUUCUGAGGGAAGCCCUUGGGAAUGUGUUUCUGGAUGGUCUCCAGGUGAUACUUACAUUCCUGCAUCACUGGAGGAUUUUGGAGUAAAAAAAAAUUACUUAUCAGGGAUUUUUUUUCCUAGAGUGAUAAAACUUAGUGUUAAUAUUUCUGGCAUAAUGUUAUUUCUUAGUGAAAAUUGAAUAACUGCCCUCUCAGUAGGAAUUAUUUUUUUUGGCAGCUGUUUCACUAUUUCUUGAUUUUGUGCGUGUGUGUGUGUGUGUGUGUGUGUGAGAGAGAGAGAGAGAGAGAGAGAGAGAGAGAGAGAGAGAGAGAGAGAGAGAGAGAGAGAGAAUGUGUGUUGUGAGUGUAUUCAGGUUUUUCCAGUAGUGUUAACUGUACAUGAUACUGCCAUUUCCAGUAUUUUACUGAGCCACAGCACAAGUCCCACAUUGUAUUUGUAACUGAGUAUUUCAUUGUUUGUAAUGUCUAGGAGAUUAUAAAAACUAGAACACGUAUUUUAGGAAUAGCAUUAAAAUUUGGGUUCCCACCAGCUUCUCUUUGGUUGUCUAGUCUUUUGCCUCCAUCAGUUUAGUAGCUGACCUAAUGUACACGACUUACCAACUAGAGUUAUGUAUAGGCCAUGUCCAGUUUAGAGUUGAAUUGUAUUCUGAGAGUUUGUAACUCAUUAUAACUUCUGAUAGAUUAAGCCCUAUGCAAGUGGUUCUUUUUAUAUAUAAAGCCACAAAUUCUUACUUAAUCCACAACGAAGAGUGUGAUAGUAUUAUUUUAGUUUUUAUGACAGUAAUUUUAAGAAGAAAAACAAUGCUUUGUGAGCUAGCUAUACUUUAAGUGAACUGUGCCCCCCCCAUUUUUGGCUGAUUAAGAUUGAAACUACCACUUACGAGAUUUUUCUUGGUGUAGAAAGUUUAUUACAUAUUAUGUAUACAUUACUUCUUUUUUUAAGACGACUUCCUAGCCUUUUUUUCCUUGUCUUUGCUUCUGGCCUGUUGGACAUGUGCAUGGCAAGGCCUUGCCCUUGUGACUGUGGGAAUGUCAUAGUUUCUGCGACUCAGAGGGUGUAACUGAGAAGCCUCUUUGUUGUCUUCACCAGGGGCUGUGGUCCUUUGCAAAGAGAGGUGUGUGCUCAUUGGUAGGGAGGCCAUUGUGAGGAUGUUUACACUACAUGUUCACCAGCUGCUGCUCACUGACCAAUUGCUGUCUUGGUAGCUCAGGGAUGUUGUGUGUUAGGGUUACUUUAUUCUCUAUUUCAAACAUCCAUGUUGACAUGCAAAGCCAUUUCUGUUUGUGUUAUGAUCAAAUGCCUCAAUUUACAUGGGAAUACAAUAAAAUUAGUUCAAAACGAUAGAAAAGAUGUUCAAAAUGAUAAGGUUUGCUUUUUGAUGUCUUUGUGCUUUAAAGGAUCUAUUGUGUCCAGGGUGUUUUGUCAUUUUCAUUGUACAAGACAAAGUUCUUAAAAUGGAUUGCCCAGAACCAGGAAUUCGUUCUGUACAGAACACUUACCUUUGUGUUCUAACUUUUCCUUCUUUCCCACUUAUUUUUCACCUACUUACCCCCUCUGCUUUCAGCCUUUCUUCCUUAUACUUUACCCUUUCUUUCUCAAAGAAAUAGUAGUAACUAUUAUAUUUAACUUUGGUAUCUGAGUUAUCUUGCUUCUAGUUGUCACCCCAGUGAUAAUGUCAGGAAGGUGCUUUGAAUGUAAAAGGAAGCAGGAAAAGUAAUACAGUGCAGAGAAAAAGAAGUUUGUAAAUGGCUGUUGUCUUUUAGAUUGGCCUUGAAGUUAUAUUUGGAUCAUAACAUUGAAAAAGAAUUAUGUAUUGUCAACACAUGUUCACAAAUAUAUAUAUACACAUGAUAUAUAUUUGUUUAUAAUAUGUACUUAUAUAUAUGCUUAUGAAAUGAGUUCUAUAGUAGCUUAGAAAUUGUUUUGUUAUUUUAGUAAUGUGUAUAAACAAAUACAAUUUUGGCUAGAAAGGGAAGAAUUAAUAGGAAUUUCUAUGAUAGUUUUUAUGUUUGUACCUGUAAUUAUAUAAAACAUUGUAAUUAUGUAAGUAAUUUUCAAGCUGUGGAAACUUGUCACAUUUUGAAUGUAUAUAUACAUUUUUAUAAAGCUUCAUUGAAAGAGGAGACAAUUCUUAGGUUUUCUUAAAUCAAGUAUGAAAACAUUAUUUACCUUGGAAGUUUCUAUAGAAAUUUGAUACUGCAGAAUGGUAUUUUGUAAUUAAUGCAGAGAAUACUACUGCUUCAUGUCUCUAUAAAUGAAUUCAAAACAGCC